GUCGAAUUCGUAUCGCAAUACUUCAUUUUCACAAUUUGAGUUGGCUACGUCACUCCUCAAAGACAACAUUGAAUUGUUCAACUUAGAACGAAUUAGCCAAAGACGAAAACAAACGAGACAUUCAAUUAGUCCGAACCUCCACUCCGAUUCGCUAGGCAUCUACACACUAAAUCCUCACCAUGGGCCUUUUCGGUCUAUUCACCUCGGAAGACGACAAACGCAAAGAGGAAGUACGCACUGGAGCGCGGGCACCAGAUAGGACAGAGCGCAAGCAAUGUUGGGAUGCGCGCGAUAACUUUUACCAAUGUCUAGACCGGCACAACGUCAUCGACUCGUUGAACGGUGAAGGGAAGAAGAUUGCCGAUAAGCAAUGUGCGCAAGAGAAUAAGGCUUUCGAACAAAAUUGUGCUAGUGCAUGGGUAACAUAUUUCAAACGAUACCGAGUUGCCGAUCACCAAAAGAAAAAGACACUCGAGCGAUUAGAAAAAGAGGGAGCAAACAAAGUGGCUAUCGAAGGACCUGGCGAUGCGCCUGGAUCCACGAAGGCAUAGAUAUGGCCCGCUGCCAUUUUACCUUUAAUUCGCAGACCAUUCAUGAAGUGUAUGAUAUUGUAUAUAAAGCCAACACGAAAUGCAUUGGAUGGAGUUUGGAUAGGAAAAACGGCUUAUAUCGAAAAUCUCCUUUCCACUAUACCCGAAUAAUUACUCAAACUCACUUGCAUAAGUGAGAACCAGGAACUUGAAUCCGUAAAUUUCGACUCCUUA